CAGGAUCGACUUUAUUCAGCGAUUAUGUUCAUGUUCAGCUCUGUUUUUUGUUUGUGUUUUGGCUGUUGUAAGAUUUUUUGGCGUCAAUUCUUUGUUAUCUUGCUUAUAUUUAUGAUUUUUUAUGCUUUUAUUCCGAUUUAGUAUUAAAUUAUACUUGUUAAUUAUUUUUCGAUGCACUAUUCUCUCUGUGACCCCUCUCCACUUCAUUAACCAGAAUCCAACACAAAACGUUCAAGGCCGCAUCGGUGAAACAACGGUUGCAACAAACCGGUGGAAAAAAAGACACACGUAAUGCCUCAUCGUCAGUGGGCCGAUUUACUUGUGAACUUGGCUUUAUACAAUUGACAAUUUUGAUAAGUUGUCAGUGUCAGUCAAAAUGUUAAGUCAAAAAACAUCAAAAUAUUCAAGAUGGCGAAAGCCAGCUUGACGUUGUAGAGGUCAAUGCAAUUUUUUUUUUAUUUUAAAAUUUUAAUUUUAGGAAAACAAAAUUCAUAAAAAUUUAAUUACGUUAUAUUUAGUGGGUGUAAGUGUAAUUCAAGUGUUGCGUAACUAAGAAGCCACUGUGAAGAAUACAUAUCAACUUCAAACUACCAUUUUACUCUUUCACCUCAAUAAGAUCUAAUUAUACUUUUAAUGUAAUUUGGAAACAACUUUCAAAAAAAUAAAUACACGUAAUAUAAAAAAGAGUUUAAGAAAUAAAUAUUUAAGAUCUGUAAUAAAUCAAUUAGGUAAAACGAAAAUACACAUCAACAAGUUUUUAAAAUGGAAGCAAUGCAAUACGAAAUGGCAAGAAAUAUGACUCUCCUAUUCUUUUUUGAACGUUUGUUGGAUAAAGGAGAACCAAGAACUCUACACGAUUUGAGCUGCCAAUUUGGUUCGAAAGGAUUUACAAAAGAAAUGCGUCAAAUAGCUGGCGGUAGCCAAAGUGGCCUUAAAAAAUUUUUAACACAAUAUCCGUCAUUAUUUUGUUUAGAUGGAGAUUAUGUUAUGGUAAAUACUUUUCAACACAGCAGCAGUAAAGACAGUCCUGGUAAAGACUAUACAACUCAAGCAGUCGAAUAUUUUUCCGAAAAGCUCGCCCAGUACGGCGAAGGUACAGAAGUGCCUAUACGCAGCCUGUUAGGUCACAGAUCCCAGGCUAGUCCGGAAGUUCGCCACGUCUCCGGACAACACUUUCAUGAAUUCAGGGAUUUUUUGGCGAAACACAUUGACAAUUUUACCGUUGACGACGAGAAAGAGACUGUUAUUUUAUCUAAUUUUGAGUCGGUCAAAAGCCAUUGUCCUCCAGAGUUACAUUUUCAACAUGACGUGAAGAUCGAUCCGCAAGAAACGCAGGCUUUGAUGGACUUUUUGGCGCAAUGUAUUGAAGUAAAGGGCCCGAUCUUAGUAGAGCAACUCUUCCAAAUCGUCAGUUGCAAUCUUCCAGAAAGCCUGUGGACAAAUCUAUUUAACACUCCCAUGCAACUAACCAGUUUUCUAAGAUUGUUUUCCGACAGUUUUCACAUUCAAGCCAAUCUCGUUACUCUGUUACAACUGCCAAAAAUCAGCCAAAAACACAUGUCGGCGCAAGUGAAUUUGAUGAAGGAAUACAAAAAGAGUAAUGAGGAUUUGAAGAACGCCAAAAAUUUGAGCGUAGACAUAGAGAGUGAAGUUAUCGAGAGUAAGAUUGAAAGGGUGGAAGUGAAAGAGAAAUCGUUAAGUCCGCCUGCAGAGAAGGAAAAACCGCCUACCCAACUCUCUCCUAGAUCAAUUAGUGAUAGACUAAAGCAGCCAAAAUUGCAGCAGAAGAUGAAUGAAGCCCACGCUAAAUCGUUAAGUCCUGAGCCCCCAGUAUCACCAGUCCAACCCGCAUCCUUGUUUGUUAAUAAUCAAAAUGACGAAAGAGACAGAGUUAAUUUUAGAUUAGGAACAGGAAGUAGACAAAAUUCUGAAAUCCAAGAAGAUCGAACUCUGCCUCAACCCUCAAACUUCCAGAAAUCAGUCCUCAAACCGAAUUCCACUUGCAACCAAAGUUUAAAACAACGCAUAAACAGUCUGGUACUUAAGACUUUGCAAGAGAACACUGGUCGCGAACGACAAACGAUGAUGAACCAACAGAUUGCGCACAGCACAGAUUCGUGGAAAACUAAACUUUUUCAAAAUACCAGAGUAAUUUGCACGACAAGGGAGUGCCAUUUAGUAAUCGACGAUCUUAUGAACAAAGCUUCCAAAACGCAAAUGAAUCCUGUGUGGCCUUUCACAAAUGACAGGAUGAUAGUCGCAUUCGAUUGUGAAGGUAUCAAUUUGGGUGUCAAAGGACAACUCACGCUGAUGCAGGUAGCGACGAUGAGCGGCUUUUCUUAUGUUUUCGAUUUGAUUUCUUGUCCAGAUAUGAUUGAUUACGGAUUGAGGAGGCUUUUGGAGAGUACCAAUAUUGUGAAGGUUGUCCAUGAUUGCCGAAAUGAUUCAGUUAAUCUCUUCAACCAAUAUAACAUAACAAUGCGUAUGGUUUUCGACACCCAAGCAGCCCACGCAAUUUUAACUUAUCAAGAGACCAACAAACCGGUGUACAAGGCCAAAUCUAUCGCGUUGAAUGCCCUUUGUGAAUAUUACGGGGCACCCAUCAAUCCCAUGAAGGACCAACUGAAGAAUAUAUACAGGAGGGAUCAAAAAUAUUGGUCGAGAAGGCCGCUGAGCAGGGAAAUGAUACUAUACGCUUCUGCUGACGUAUUAAGUUUGACGAACGAUAAAAUCUAUUAUUUUAUGAGCAGAAAUAUAAAGGAGGAGAAUAGGGGACUGAUGAUGGAGUUGUGUGAAGAACAGAUUCAAAUGCACAUAAACCCGGAUGGCGUAAAAAUGAAAAAGCGGCAAAGAAAAACCGAGACUGAAGUAUCAGAAUUGCGCGUAAAAUUAGCUCAAGCUACGAAAAGCGUCGUUUUAAGCAACAGGGAAGUCAGAUUAUUGCGUUACAUCGAAUUGACUGACGACGAAAAAGAAAAACUCAAAUCGUCUGCGAAAGUAGCUAAAAAAUUAGAGAAACUAGAAAGCUUGGGUCAAGACCGAGAAGCUGACAGUUCGGACGACGACGACCCUGAUUAUCCGAGCCUCGACAGUGACAUGACUUCGCCCAGAAAUUCUGAACCUACCAGUCUGACGGAAUCGAUGCAGCUGGUCGAUACGAUUUUAAAUGAUAACAAAUUGGACAGAUUCGAUAAAAUCGAAAAGCUGGAAUCUAUUCUUAGCAAUGCCGCUAUUAUGCAGAACGAAGCCGAUCCGACGGCAAAAGUUGAUAAAUGCACUUGCAGUUGUCAUUGCAAAUUGAAUAACGGGUACAAGCACGAACGGGUCGUUUCACCUACUAACGAAUACGUUAGCAGCGUAAAAGAUAACGAUCCUGGUAUAGUUAAGGAGAAUCACUCCAAUGUAGGUACUCAAACUCUCAGCACGGGAGAUAUUGUAGUUACUAAAAUCUAUUUCAACGAGACUGAAUGAUAAAAUGAAGUUAGGUUGCUCGUUUUUAUAGGAAUGUUUUUUUUUUGUAGUAGUUUUUGGCACUAAUACAAAAAUUGGGGCCAGUAUUGACAUACAAACAAAAAAAAGCAAAGGGAAAAGUUAGAAAUGUUACUGCGAAUCCAUUAGAUAACAUCAGUUAAUGUUGUUUUGGAAACCUUGAAAUGGUUCUUUUGGCAAUUGAUCAGCUUUUCUAAAUAUAUAAACCUUGAAAUUAUUCACUUGGCUGUGAAAGAAUUAAAUAUUUUUUCCCAUUGGAUAUCUAAAAUGUGUCAUUUUUAGAGAUUAGCUGCAUCGAUAUUACACGACAGGAACCUUCUAUUAUAAAAAAAAUACAGAUGACAUAUAAAAAUCAAAUUGUAAGGUUCGUGUUUUCCUUGUGGUCAAUAUUGUUCCGUGAUGGUAAAGAUAGAUGAUAAAAAGUAGAAUCACGAUAAACUAAUGCUCAAUAACAAACGUGUCGAAUAGACACGCUUUUUUGCACGUUGUGUAUUGUAACUCAGUUGGAUUGGAUGCUUUUAAUAUACAAAAGGUUAU